AUGGGCUCCCGCUGGCUGCUCGUACUGAUGCUGCUUCAGGCAGUUUGGGAAGGUGCUCUGGGAAAAUCGCAUUCACUGCACACUCGAGGAAUCAUUGAAUUGGCUGGAGCUAUAUCAUGUGGCACGGGACGGUCUCCCUUGGCAUAUAUUGGCUAUGGAUGCUACUGUGGACUGGGAGGACGAGGCUGGCCUAAAGAUAAAACAGACUGGUGCUGCCACAUGCACGACUGCUGCUACGACAAGGCAGAGAAGGCAGGCUGCAGCCCCAAGGUGCAGCGCUACCGGUGGGCGUGUGAGCAGAACACCGUGCAGUGCGGUAACCUGACAGACCAGUGUGAAAAAAUGGUGUGCCUGUGUGACCAAGAAGCAGCCAAGUGUUGGGGAGCAGCCCCAUACAACCCACACUUCAUCCUCUGGCCAGAUUUUUUAUGUGGACGGACUCAUCCCACCUGCCAUGUCAGAAAUGGGGGGCCAGAAUAGUCUUUUUAGGACCUUUCUUCUAACCCUUUGAAUACAAAGGUGCUGCAAUAAAAUUCUUCCUCCUUUACCAGAGC